AUGCGCAAUAAUCGUUUUACAUUGCAUGGUGGAAAGACCAGGACGAUCUUCUUCAAGUUAGUCUUCAACAUGAACAUUACGAGCUCUUCAGGUUAUAGAGAUUUCGUAUGGGCAGUUGAAUUACAUCGUUUAGGCUUGAAAUUGAUCGGUUUGUGGCCUUCAACCGAUGAAAUUUCUAAGAAAAAAUUGGGAUCUAAUAUUCGCGUGGGUUUCAUUUUCAUUACUGUAAUAUUCGUUUCUGGUGUGCCGCUUGUAUGGGCGCUUAUACGAGUUUGGGGCGACAUGGUACUUAUGAUAGAUAAUUUACGAAUUACAUUACCUCUUAUAGUGGUUUUGUUUAAAUUUAUUAUUAUGCGAUGGAAACGAAAAGUUCUUUUAUCCAUUGUCAAUAUGAUGACGGAAGAUUGGAUAUCACUAAAAUUAAACACAGAAAGAGAUGUGAUGAUAAAACGAGCGCGAUCGGCUCGAUUACUCAUAAUUUUUGGAUUUGUUUUAAUGACAUUUGCAUUUAUCAUGUUAAUUAUUUUUCCUUGCUUUGAUAUACAAAUAAGGCACAUAACAAAUCUUACUGAUCGGAAAAAACCGCUACCACUGCAAACGUAUUAUUUCUACGAUACAGAUAAGAGUCCACAAUUUGAGUUGACAUUUCUUGUUCAAGCCGUAACGAUUUCUCUAGCAGGUAUAAUUUAUACAUCAGUAGAUGCUUUUCUUGGGCUCGUGAUCUUUCACAUAUGCGGGCAAUUAGAGAACUUUAGACGCCGUUUAGUCAAAUUGAUUUUGUGCAAAAAUUUCAACCGAGCUCUGAACAACAGCGUAAUGUAUCAUUUAAGACUCAUCAGAUUUGCUGAUAACAUUGAAAAAACAUUUUCGUUAAUGAUGCUUGGAUUGGUAAUUUAUUUUGGUAUCGUAUUUUGCCUAUGCGGAUUUUUACUUGUUAAAAGGUUUCUUCAAUUUAAAAAAAAAUUUCUAUUAGAUUUUGUGUGGGCAAUUGAAUUAAAUCGAUUCGGAUUGGAACUGAUCGGUUUGUGGCCUAAAACAAAUGUAGUAGUUAAAGAUAAAUACUACACGUCCGAUCUUCGCGUCGUUAUUAUUUUCAUUAUAAUAACAUUUAUUUCUGGUAUUCCACUGAUGUGUUCUCUUGUACGAGUUCGUCGCAAUAUGCUACUCGUAACAGACAACUUACAAAUUACAUUACCUCUAAUGAUAGUUUCAUUAAAACUUGUUAUUAUGCGAUGGAAACGUUCAGCUCUCUUACCCAUCAUAAAGAUGAUGGCGGAAGAUUGGAUGACAUUGAAGCUUGACACAGAGAGGAACGUGAUGAUGAAGCGAGCGCGGACUGCUCGACUGAUCGUAAUUUGCGGAUACGUAUUGAUGAUACUAGCAUUCACUAUGAUCAUCAUUUUUCCUUGUUUUGGCGUGCCAUUCAGACGCUUAACAAAUCUCACAGAUCGGGAUAAACCAUUACCGCUACAGACAUAUUAUUUCUACGACACAGAUAAGAGUCCGCAAUUUGAACUCACGCUUGUCAUUCAAGCCAUAACAAUUUUCUUAGCAGCUAUAACAUAUACAUCGGUGGAUGCUUUCCUUGGACUUACAAUUCUUCACAUCUGCGGCCAGUUAGAGAACUACAGAAGUCGAUUGGUCAACUUGGUCUCAUGCAAAGAUUUUAAUAAUGCUUUACGAAGUAAUGUGAUCGCUCAUCUACGACUCAUCAGCACAUUUACAUUGUUACGUCAACGAUGCAAACACAGCACUCCCGCACUCGCGAAAGUUGUUACCGACGAUGAAACUAGUGGUAUUCCUUUUUCACAAAUGUUAUAUGCAAUGAUUGGCAUUACUACUCUCUUAACACAUACUUUUCUCUACUGCGGGGCUGGAGAACUCAUAAUAGAGCAAUGCGAAGCAAUAUACCGUACUUUGAAUGAUCUCGAAUGGUACAAACUAGAGUCAAAAAAAGCGAGAUAUCUUAUUUUAUUGAUGACACGAGCCAGUGAACCUUUUCGUUUCACUGCAGGAAAGAUUAUUCCAUUAACAAUGACUACAUUUUGUAGCCUAUUAAAAACAUCGGCUAGCUAUAUAUCGUUUUUGUUGGCAAACCGAAGUUAA